UGUGUCAGAUUUGUGUUGUUCUCAGCUGAGUGAGGUCAGUUAAAAAAAUUAGUUGUUUGCUUAUUUGUUGUUAAAAAGUGUGUAAAAGUAGCCAUGAAGAUAUAAAUAUUUCUGCAAUUCAUCAUAUCACCGCGGGUGGUAUUAAAACUAAUUUAGAUAAUCGUGCCAUCAAACCAAUUACGAAAUAUAGUCGCUGGAAGAGCGUUGCGUGCUGCUGAGAGCUUCCCACAAGCCUAUCAAGUUGGGGCGGGGUAGCGGCGAAGACCUAGUGCUCGUGAUCGAUGGGGAACUAAACCGGUAGACAGACAUAGGAAACUAAGGAGUUGCGUGCACCAUAUUGCAUACAUAUGUAUGUAGCAAGAAGUACAAUCUUUUAUCAAGGUCAUUUCAUGCACUUUAUAUGUAAUAUGUUAAUUGCUAUCGGCCAAUGCACGCAAAAUGCUCCCAACGCAACAUGAAAGGCGCUCACUCUUACAAAAAAAGAAACGCCAACAUCCUAAUAAUUCCUCAUCCUCUUCAGAAUCUGACACGUCUGAGGUAGAGCUUAUUGCAGUCGCCUGCAGUAAUGGAGUGCAGCUUGCAGAGUAUGGGCGUACUAAAUCUAAAAUAUCUGUUUCCGGUAUGUUGAAGCCAUCCCGACGACGUUGUCGCCUACGUCCUGUUGCGCGUAUGGUGUGUUGUUUGAUGCUGGCACCAAUAAUAUUAUUAAUGUUGUACAUGCCACUCUAUCCGAAUUGGCAUAUUCAACGUCAAGCUGCGCUACUCGACUGGGGCUACAAUACGUCAAGAAAUAUUGCCGAUUACGUGCUACCAGAUAACAAUACCGUGAUUUUAGAACCUCAACAUGGGUGUAAUAAUAAGUUGUUCCUGCUCGUUAUUGUGUGUUCCAGCAUACAAAAUUUUGCGAUAAGACAAAUCAUACGUGAGUCCUGGGGUAAUACGACGCAAUUCAAUUAUGGCAUGUUUAAAAAGCUUCAUGAGCGUUUUAACGGUCAAUAUUUGGAUCCGGCACCCGAACGUUUAAACUAUUACCGAGAAUUUUUAAAUCUACAUAAAAACGAUACAACGAGCGCCCCCGCCAUCAUACCCGUGAAAGUUUAUUUUUUGCUGGGACGCAGCCGCUCCGACUUCUACGCCGCAAAUGAAACGAUGACGCUUAUACGUGCCGAGUCCGAGCAGUAUGGUGAUAUUAUACAAGAGAACUUUAUUGAUACGUAUAAUAAUUUGACUUUAAAAUCGGUGCUAGCGUUAAAAUGGAUGACUCGGCGGUGUCCACACCGUGCAGCAUUUUUUAUGAAAGUGGAUGAUGAUACUUUCUUAAAUUUGCCAAAUCUCUUGCAUUAUCUACUCGGCGGUACCCUACCGCUGUACAACGAAACUAUAGAUUUGUAUGACUCACGUACAUAUCGUGUUUUAUCAUCCCGCAACCGUUUCAAUAGUACAAGCAAUUAUCUGGGUGGUCAUUUGUUUUGUUCGUCGCGUCCAAUUUCAGUGCUUAGCAAUAAAUGGUAUAUGCCAUACUAUAUGUAUCCGCGUGAUAAGUAUCCGCGCUAUUUAAGCGGAUCUGCGUAUGUAAUGUCGGCGGAUGUUGUGCCGCGUCUGUAUGAGGCUGCUUUGAAUACAACCUUGAUACACAUCGAAGACGUCUAUCUGACGGGAAUGUGUGCAGAAAAAAUACAUUUGCCACGCCGGCAUAACGCACUAUUUAGUUAUAUGCGUGCCAAGGAUUGGUGCAGUUUUCGCGGCAGUAUAACACAGCAUGAAGUGAAGGAUGAAAGCAUGCUGGAUGCCUAUUUAUAUGUGACUAAUACGAGUUUGUAUUGUGCACCUCCUGCCAAGUAUACGAUGAAACGUUUGCGCAAACAGGCCGGUUGUGUCUGAGUGCAUAAAGAAGACUGCUUUUGAUUGAAAGAAGUGUACAUUUUAAACGGCUUAAUUUGUUUAAGUUUAAUUUUUAAUGAUUGGUUUUAAUUUAUUUAUUUUUUUUUUUAAUAAUUUAUUUUUUUAUGUCGCUUUUGCACCACCGUCGAAAAAGUCCAUGUACUCUUUGAAUACUCCAUGCUUCGCAUUAGUUUAAGUAUGAGAAAAAUUUGCAUAAUUGCGUUUUUAAUAAGUAUUGAAAGUUGUGAAAAGAUAUUAUAUACAUAGGUUUUAAAAUUAUUAUGAGCUUUAAGCUGGCUGUUUUUCAGUGAUCAUUACAUCUCUUGCUUAUCAAAUUCAAUUAAAAUUGCCGCAAUUUUAUUUUUUAUUGACAGUCUUUUUAAUUUGCAAUAACAAAUUUUAAAGAUUACAAAAAUGCAUAAAUGUAUUCAUACAUACAUACUUAUACAUAUGUGCACUAUUGUCAAAAUAGCCUAACUCGACAUGUCAAUUUGUUCUUUUAAAGAAAAAAAAAAAUUGAUUUAUCCAUGGUAUUUUAAUAUUUGUUUUACAUAUACAUAUGUAUAUGAAAUAAUC